GAUAAAAGCUAGGGAAUCGUUUUUCGUUGAAAAGUGAGCCUCUCUCUCUCAUUACCAGUCCAUCAUCAUCGAUCAGUUCAACACUGUCAUAAUCCAUCAUUCACCAUGGACAAGACAUCUUCAUUAUCCAUCAACGAAGGAAAGCCGAUUCGAUGCAAAGCAGCAAUAUGUAGAAAAGCAGGAGAAGCUUUGGUCAUUGAGGAGAUCCAAGUUGAUCCACCUCAAGCUUACGAAGUCAGGAUAAAGAUCUUAUGCACUUCUCUGUGUCACAGCGAUGUUACUUUCUGGAAACUAGACAGUGAACCGCUUGCAAGAUUUCCUAGGAUUCUAGGACACGAAGCAGUCGGUGUGGUCGAGAGCAUUGGAGAAAACGUGGACGGAUUCAAGCAAGGCGACGUCGUUUUGCCAGUGUUUCACCCUCAGUGCGAAGAAUGCAAAGACUGCAAAUCUUCAAAGAGCAACUGGUGCGCGAAAUAUACCGACGAUUUCUUAUCAAACACGAGACGAUACGGGAUGAGCUCGAGAUUCAAAGACUCUACGGGACAAGAUAUUCACCAUUUUAUCUUUGUCUCGAGUUUUUCUGAAUAUACCGUCGUUGAUAUCGCUCAUCUCGUCAAAAUAUCCGACGAAAUCCCCGUUCAUAUAGCGGCUUUGCUAGCCUGCGGUGUCUCUACAGGAGUUGGUGCUGCAUGGAAGGUGGCUGACGUCGAGGAAGGUUCCACCGUCGCUAUCUUUGGCCUUGGUGCUGUCGGACUUGCGGUUGCAGAAGGAGCCAGGGCUCGUGGGGCCGCAAAGAUCAUCGGUGUGGAUCUCAAUCCCGACAAAUUUGAAAUAGGUAAACCGUUCGGGAUCACGGAUUUCAUCAACCCUGCUUCGAUUGGAGAGACAAAAAUUAGUGAGGUGAUUAAAGAAAUGACAGAAGGAGGAGUUGACUACAGUUUUGAGUGUAUUGGUUUAACUUCUUUGAUGGAGGAGGCUUUUAAUAGCACUCGCACGGGAUCGGGUAAGACUGUAAUAUUGGGGAUGACAAAAGAUGGUUUCCCAAUAAGCUUGGGCAGUUAUGAGCUUCUCAGAGGCAGAAGUAUCUGCGGAACUUUAUUUGGCGGUCUAAAACCCAAACAUGAUAUUCCCAUGCUCGUCGAUCGUUAUUUGAAAAAGGAGCUAAACUUGAACGGUUUUAUUACACACGAAUUAGGCUUUGGGGAAAUUAACAAAGCUUUCGAUUUGUUGGUUGAAGGCAAAUCUAUCCGCUGCAUUCUAUGGAUGGAUAAAUAAAAACUUCAUAUAAAAACUGUUUUUUUUCCUGAUUUAUCCAUCACCCACAUUAAUAUCGUCAGGAAAAAAAAAAAAAUCUACAUUUACAAAUUUAUUAUAAGUGAUUUCCUUUGUUGAGAAUUUGCAUUUCCUCAAUGGUGUGAAUUUGUGAUCCAUUCAGAUUUCAUUAUCUUAUUAUGUGUAUUAUGGACAGUGUUUCGCAGUGCAUGAAGUUAAAUAAAAUUGAUCCCUUUUUUUUUGUUGGUCGAAAAA